CAAACAUGGCUUCUCCCAGCUGCAGACUCUACGUUAUCAAAAUAUCGCUUACUAUUUUUGUACUAAUCCACUCCUCUACAAUUUUUUAAUUAUUAUGCUUUCGGAAGAAAAAGAUCAAGAUCGUAGAUCUACCGAAAGGCAACGAGAUGGAAGCCAUCAUAGCUUUAUCAGACAUCGAAUACCUUAUAGACUUCUAGGCCGCAGGUCACUCAGUGCGAAAAGAUUAGUUGUUUCAAGUAAAGUUUUGUUUCCGGCUAUACCUACCCAGAACUGUGAUGUGGUCCUAACAUUCCCAGCAGAAACUGAAGAUGCUACUCUUAUGUGGCUUCUGGCCAGGCUUAAAUCACGCGCUCCAUCACUUACAGUUCAUGUCAGACACCACAGUCAUACAGGCAUCUAUGGAUUUUACUUGACUGCUCUGUAUGAAAAUCUAUUACAAGGUGCUGAAGAACUAGGGAUCUUAAAACCAUUGAAAUCUGAUUAUGGAGGGGGGAUGAAAGAAUUUAUUUAUGAGGACCAAGACUGUUUUCUCGGAGUUGAAGAUGAAUCUAGUUUUUUAACCAGCCAAGAACGUCAGAGUAUUGUGCUGCAUUUUCUCCAUGAGCUUAGGGCAACAGGAGAUGACUCACUCAAAGGAAUAACUUUCAUAGAAGGCCAACCUAUUGUACCUCUACUUAUAACCAAGAAUGUAGUAUCGCAAGUUUUUCCACUACACAACCACAAUGAUCUCAAAGUUCUGCGCCAGACAUGGAUACAAGCUAUUUUUUCUACUCAGCCUUUAGAUGAUGUAUGUAAAUACUUUGGAGUGAAAAUAGCCUUGUACUUUGCUUAUCUUGGCCACUAUACCACCUGGCUCAUCCUUCCUGCAAUAGUUGGUCUUAUCAUUUUCCUUCUCCAGGGAGACAACCAAUUUUUCGAUGAUCUCUGUUAUGUUGGCUUUGCUCUUUUCAAUGUUGUCUGGGCUACUUUAUACCUGAAAUUCUGGAAAAGAUCAUCAACAGAAUACUGCUACAAAUGGGGAACAUUAGAAAAGAAAGAUGAAAUGCUUAAAGACCCUCGACCCCUUUUUAAAGGGGACCUUGUGAAGAGUCCAAUCACAGGACAUUUAGAGUUGGCUUAUCCUGGUUGGAAAAGACUUCUGUUUCGGUAUUUUGUCACAGUUCCCAUUAUUGGUGUUUGCUUGUCUUUAGUCUUUGUCAUCAUGCUGCUAUGUUUUGAACUUCAGGAGUGGGUAAAUGAAUUGAUAGUUGCUGAUGAGCUGCCAUAUUUGUUUAGCUUUGUCCCUAAGGUGCUGUUGGCCAUUGUUGUUUCUAUCCUGGAUGAAAUCUACAAGGAAAUAGCAGUUUGGCUAACACAUCAAGAAAACUAUCGCCUUCAAGAAUCUCAUGAAACUAGUCUAGUUAUCAAAUUGGUCAUGUUCCAAUUAGUGAAUUCUUUCCUAUCAUUAUUCUACAUAGGAUUUUAUCUUAGAGAUAUGGACAGACUUCGAGACCAACUGGCAGCAUUGCUGAUCACCCGCCAAGUCCUGGGGAAUAUAAAAGAAGCACUGUUGCCUUAUGUUAUAUGGAAAGCUCGUCUCUAUAGUGUAGGAUACAAAAUAGCAACAAGGAUGUCGCCUGCGUCGUUAGAGAAGGAGGUGCGCAGGAUGACCAAAUGUCCAGAGCCUAAAGCAUCUAGCUCAAACAUUGAGAAGUCCAGCAAUGAUUCUGACAGUGAAAGUAGCCACAUAACAGAAGAUGAGGACUGUCUUCCAGCCUUAACCCAAGCAGAAGUUGAAAGUGCCAUGAAAAAAUAUGAAGAUACCCUGGAUGAUUAUCUAGAAAUGUGUAUACAGUUUGGCUACAUCACACUGUUUUCAUCUGCCUUCCCACUGGCAGCACUUUGUGCCUUGUUAAACAACCUCAUAGAGAUCCGUUCUGAUGCCUUCAAGAUUUGUUUAACUUAUCAAAGACCUUUUGGGCAACGAGUUGAAAGCAUUGGUAUAUGGCAGGAUGUGCUAUUGGUGAUUAGUGUCCUUGCUGUGAUUGUCAACUGUUCUCUCAUUGGUACAUCAGGCUUGCUGGAGCGAAUGGUGCCAGGUUUUAGUGCGACACUCUACUGUUUGAUCAUUGUUUUAGUGGAGCAUUUUAUCCUGACAACCAAGUUCGCCCUGUACCGGUCUGUAGCAGAUCUGCCACCUGCCAUGGCCACUGAGAUGGCUAGACUGGAGUACCAGCGCACAGAAGCGUUGAAGCAACUGGUGUCCCAGGUGUCACAGAACCACGGCUCUUUGAUCUCCCACUACCCAGGCAGUCCAGGGGUUCGCAGGAGAAAGCCCAGCGAAAACUUAUCACCUGACAAAAAUCACAGAGAGUCAUCUCCCCCAGCCAACACCCUGCCUAGACCAACAGAUUUCUACUCCGUACCUCAUGCAACUAAAGCACCAGUCACCAGCAAACCAGAGGUACCUCCACGCUCUUCUGUGUCAAAGUCAGAAACAGAUUCUAGCCAAGCAAGAGGGUCUUCCCUUCACACAGGUGUUGCUGAGAAAGUAGCAGCUGCACCCCUGCAGCCCAUGUUUGAUGACGCUGAGAACUCCUCCCUGACCCCCCAGCCUGCCAGCAGCUCCCAGCCCACAGAACCAAAAGGCGUCUCACAGGUUUUAAAACGAGCCUAUCGCAACCGAGCCAACCUGAAGGACAUCCAGCGAAGACGCUCGGAGCCCGGGACAGCGGCUGUGGCCAAGGCCCUAAGUAUCAACAAGGAUGAUGCCGUGGGUGGGAUCAGGAGGAAACCUAUCUAUGAGAACAAGGAAGAUCUGAGAGAUGAAAGGAAAGAAAGUAAAUCAGUGAGAGAAGAGCUGAGAAGCAGCAGUGAGAUCUUGAGUGGGAGUGGAGAAGAGGGCAGAGAGAGCAUGUUGUCCUCCUCCUCCUCCUACCCUCACAUCCCUGGCAUUCUGCCCGCCAUGCCCCUAUCAGCUGUUCCCAGGUCAUUUCCAACAUCCAAUCCCAGAUUUUCCGCUACCCCUCGUCUGCAUCGAGGCGGAACUCUCUGUGAUCCUUCCGCUCUUGCGUCAAAAAUAAUCUCCAGAAAGUCAAGGUCGUUCUCAACAGCUGAUGUCAGUGAAAUGCGUCCUGCGUUCCGGGAGAGGUUCUCGUGGAAGGGUGAGCUGCAUGUGCUAGGCAAACCGUCCAGCUCACACACGGCCCUGCAGGACGACAGGACGCUCCAGGACGAUGUUGCUGACAGUAGGAAAGUCAAGGACACGCCCCAGAGGCAGGACGAAGCAGCGCAGAUGUCCAGCUCAAAACAAGACUGUACUGUAAGUCAAGUUGACUUAAAAGGCCCCCUCAGUGUAGUUGACUCAAAGCCUCCCACAGCGUCAAGAAAUAAAGAAUCUCAUAAAUCAGACGAGACCAAAGUGAGUUUAUUUAAAGCUAUGAGGGACAGUGUCAGCAAGCCUUUGAGUCUCUCAUCCCGUGGGUCAGAGUUCAAGGUCAAAAGGCCAUGACACCUUUAGAAUUGAAUCUCCUAGUGAUGGUUGUGGUGUGUACCUGUCAGUUGACCAGGAUACCCAGGUCAAGUUGACCUCAGGGUGGCUGUCCACCGCUACAUAGAAGGUUUAUCCUUCAGAUUUUCAUGACUAGUCAACAUAAUGACAGUGGAAAAUCAAGAAUUUUUUCCCCUGAGAUUUCUUUUUUGAGAAUUAUCUUUUUUAUCAAUCAAACAUUUAGUUUUUCCCUUUGCUUACACACAUUUUAAAUGUGUUUUAUUGAUACCUGUAGCAUUUAUAAGUCUAGUUCGGACAGUCCAGGUUGAAUGAAGCCAAAAAGUGGGAGUUAUGGAGGAAAUUUGAUUUCCUUACCACCAGAGAACAUACAGGCGUCUUUUUCUAUAUCUUAAUUAAACAUUUUACUGAAUGAAAUAAUUUUUUUAAAGCUGUAUGAUUGUUACAAUUUAUUAAGCUGUUUACCUUUAAGACUGUUCACUGUAUUUUCUAAUUGGAUUUGGAUCUGUGUUUAUAUUUAAAUGGAGAGUUCUCAGUUUUUUUUUAUUCCAGCUAAAUCUUACUUAAACUUUUUCCAAUCUUCAAUAGGCCUAUUGCUUAGCUUAUUUAUUUUUAUUUCUGAAAUUUUAUACCUGAAUGUAUUCACACCAAUGCAGGUGAAAAAGUUGUGUAAGCUGUCAUAUUACCUGUGCAGUUGACAGCUGUUUAACUGUCUGUGUACCUGUGCAGGUAAUGCUUGUACAUUGUCACCUAUGUAUGUUGUCAUAGUGUAUGUGAUAACUUGAUGUUAGUACUCAUUCAACUAUAAUACAACUCAUCUAACUUUAGUGGUAAAUCUAACAAACAUUUGUAAUAUAACACCUAGAUCUGUUGAUGUUGACUUUGGACUGCUAACUUUGUAGCUCAGAUUUUAAACUAAAAUAUAUUCAUAGUUAAUAAUGGGUGUAUAAUUACCUAAGUUUCAAAGUAUAUUUUUGUGAAAUUUAAAAGAUAAUCCAGUGUUGAUUGUUAAAGGCUCUAAAUCAUUUGUUGUGGUUGUUAGUCAUUGUACUGUGUAAAUUUCAAUUAUUUGUCCUGAUUGUGUUCAGAGGAAAAGCAGACACUUGCCAGAUAAAAUUACUACCAAUUAGGUCAACAAUUUUAUCAUAAAUACUUUUUGUUUAGUACUUAAGUUCAUGUAGGAUUUUUUUCAACAUUGCCAAGAUAAAUUGCAUAUUUCCCUUACAACAUUUUCUCACUAGUAUUAGUACUGUUAAACAGAGUGUCCAGAUAAAUGAUAUAUAUCUCUUACACCAUCUACUCACUAGUAUUAGUAUUGUUAAACAGAGUGUCCAGAUAAAUGACAUACUUACACUAUCUACUCACUAGUAUUAGUAUUGUUAAACAGAGUGUCCAGAUAAAUUGCAUAUUACACCAUCUACUCACUAGUAUUAGUAUUGUUUCUUCCCUGUUCUGGGAGUUUUGUUACUUGGCCUCGGCUGACCUGUGCAAUGGUUGACCUACUUGUGGAGUUUUCUGCUCCCAUUUAUGUUGUUUGCAUUCACUCAGUGCAAUAUUAGUUUGUAUUUUAAUAUUUGCUCCCAUCGUAUUUUGCCUGUAUUUCUAGGUUUUCAUUUUUUAAUAUUCGCUCCCAUCAUAUUUUGCCUGUAUUUUUAGGUUUUUAUUUUUUUAAUAUUGCUCCCAUCAUAUUUUGCCUGUAUUUCUAGGUUUUAAUUUUUUUAAUCACAUCCAGGGAUUGAAGUACUUAGAUUUACACAAAUAUUAUUUGAUUAUUGCUUGACUGCUUCCUUUGCUUGUAUUUCUGCUGUGCAGGAUAUUUAAAUUUUUAUGACUUAUUGUGUGAUAAUGUUAAUUUUGGCAGCAAUAGAGGUAUCAGGUGGCUAAGUAUUUGGCUAUUGUCUCUUGUUAGUGGCAGGCUUUCUCCAUGGUUUAGUUGCUGGCCCUCAAGUUUUAUUUGCUUGCCAUGUCCAUGUUUAAGUUGCUGGUCCAAGUUUAGGACAUUGCAGUACUUGUGUCCAAGUUUAGGACAUUGCAGUACUUGUGUCCAAGUUUAGGACACUGCAGUACUUGUGUCCAAGUUUAGGACAUUGCAGUACUUGUGUCCAAGUUUAGGACAUUGCAGUACUUGUGUCCAAGUUUAGGACAUUGCAGUACUUGUGUCCAAGUUUAGGACAUUGCAGUACUUGUGUCCAAGUUUAGGACAUUGCAGUACUUGUGUCCAAGUUUAGGACAUUGCAGUACUUGUGUCCAAGUUUAGGACACUGCAGUACUUGUGUCCAAGUUUAGGACACUGCAGUACUUGUGUCCAAGUUUAGGACAUUGCAGUACUUGUGUCCAAGUUUAGGACAUUGCAGUACUUGUGUCCAAGUUUAGGACAUUGCAGUACUUGUGUCCAAGUUUAGGACAUUGCAGUACUUGUGUCCAAGUUUAGGACAUUGCAGUACUUGUGUCCAAGUUUAGGACAUUGCAGUACUUGUGUCCAAGUUUAGGACAUUGCAGUACUUGUGUCCAAGUUUAGGACAUUGCAGUACUUGUGUCCAAUGUUUAGGACAUUGCUGUACUUGUGUCCAAGUUCAGGACAUUGCAGUACUUGUGCUAUAAAUUAAAGGUUUGGGUUAUCUAAGAUUUUCAAUUCUCCCACCUCAUCCCUCCCACCCCUGGGUUUAAUGGUUUAAUCUGAGUGAUCUGUCUAAACCUUUAGACAAGUGAAAUUUCAACAUUUUCUUACUAUUGAUGAAAAUUAAAUAAAACA